AUGGGCCGGCGCACGGGCGACCAGCUCAAGACAUUCUCGAAGUUGAGACCCAAGUGCGCAUCGCGACGCCGUGCAACAGAACCAGUUCAGCCCUACCGCGAGAUACCUGCCGUCAUGGCGCAGCAAGGCUGGGCGGGACCGGCCGCGUACGACACGGGUCCAGGCGCGCCAACUCUCUUGGACCUGGCGGCGCGUGUGCCCGCCGUCGUCGAGCACCUCCCUGCGCGGGACGUGACGAACUUCUCCGCAGCGUGCUGGGACGCCCUUGUCGCGGUGCUGCGUCACCGCGCCGGGGCAACUCUAGCGAUCGGUCCUGACGGCGAGCUGGUCAAGGGCCUGGAUGUUCGCACGGCGCUACUUGCCGACAGCAGCGCAGCGGUGGACUUGGAUGGAUUCACCAUUCCCGCGAGCGACCUGGCCAAGCUCCGGGCUGCGAUUCGCAUCGCCGGCAUCACCUCGAUGCAAAAGUACGCCGAUAACGGUCAGGCGUACGCGCGCUCGCUGAGGCAGAUACUCGAGAUCAUGCUCCGUCAGUGCCGCCCAGUGCGGCUGCUCGCCGUGCGUGUCGGCGCGCCGCUCGCGCCGCUGCAGCAGGGAUCUCGGCGCACCGACGAGGAGGUCCAGCGGCUGACGGACGUGCUGCGCGAGCACGCGGGGAGGGCGUUGGCGAUGACGCCCCUGCGCGCGACGUUCAGUCCGGGAACAGCGCCGGACGAGGUGCGGUCUGAGGUGGUCGCCGAGGUGUUUCCUGGCACUGGUAUGCACGUGAUUCGCAUCAAGGACUUCGAGGACUGCAAGGCGACGGCGCGUCUCCUACCGCAGCACUCCUGCCUACAAGAGCUCUCCUUGUCGGGCCGCAGGAGCGCCGAGGCGGGGCAGCCUCUCCCCCUGAGUCGGCAGGGGGUGUGCCAAAUGCUGGCAAACGGCCUGCGCUCUGUUCCGACGCUCCGUGUGCUACAGAUGCGCGCCAUGGGCAUCAACGCAUCGCACGCGCAGCUGCUCUUCCCCGCACUGGCCGGAAUGCACCACCUGAAGGUCCUCGACCUGUCGGACAACCCUGCCCUCGGCGGGGACGGCGACUGCCUGCAGCUGCUGCUUGACGCGCUGAGCGACAAGUCUGGGCUGCGGGAGCUCUGGCUGGACGAUUGCGGGCUGCGUCCGGGCGGCGUGCGUGCGAUCGCGGAGAUGUUCAUGUCGAUGGAGCAGCGCAGCCUCGCAGUCCUCAGCAUGCGCGGCACGAGUGCGACCACCAACAACACCGCCGGCGAAGAGGGCAUGACGGCCAUCGCGAGCCUCCUGCGGCACCACAGAGGCUUCGACGUGUUGCGCAUGCCCAACUACGACAUUUCGCCCGCCACCUUCUUUUCCACUUCGGUUGGUUCUCUCGACUUUUGCGACGCGGUCGGGACAGGCAAGUGGCCGCGGAAGCUGCACCUGGAGCUCUGUCGCAUCGGUGAUUACGGGGCGUUGUUGUUGGCGCCAGCUCUCACCUGCGACGCGCACCUGACGUCGCUGUCGCUCAUCGACGCCGACAUUGGAGACACCGGGGCGGCUGCUCUCGCCGAGGGACUUGCCCGGGUGCAGACACUUGUUGCUCUCGAUCUCGGGCAUAAUCACGUCAGAGCCACGGGGGCAUCCACGCUGGGCGAUCUGAUCCGCUGCAGCCCGUCUCUGGAAGUAUUGCGCUUUGCAUUCAACAAAGCUGGCGACGCCGGCGCCUUCGCGAUCGCGACCGCACUCACACGGAGCAACAAGCUCCGCAUCUUGGACCUGAGCGGCAACUGCAUCGGUGACCAAGGUGCUGGAGCGAUCGCAAUUGGCGUGCAGAACUCGACGUCGCUGCAGGAGCUACACCUUGCAACCACGCCUCGCGGCGAUGUGUCCAUCGGAGAACGUGGCGCCAUGGCGAUCGCCAAGGCGCUGCGGACCACUAGGUCGCUGCGGAAGCUCACGCUGACAAACCAGCGUCUCGGGUGCCAGGGCGUUGGACAGGUCUUCAAUGCGCUUGCAGAAAACGCGACUCUGCGCUCGCUGGACAUGCAGUGCGUCGGCAUCGAUGACGAUCGGGUCUAUGGCGUACUCUUCGAGGCUCUGCGUCGCAACAAGACGCUUGCACAGCUGAACUUGUCGGGCAACAAGGCAGGCAAGAACGGCAUGCUGUUGGUCGGCGCUGCUCUGCUCAUGGACAAUGCCACGCUGCAGGACAUCACCAUGGGGAUGCAUGGAGCGACGAGGAAGACGAUCAUUCGUACUGCGAUCAAGCGUUCGCUGUUUUUGUCGUCAGUCAUCCUCGGAACACGUGUUGGUGCGAUUUGGCUGCUUGUCAAAACUGUCAAACACCUCACUGGCCUCGCUUAUAGGGCUGGUGGUGCGCUCACGCGUGGCCAACAUUAG